AUGUCUCCUUUCAAUCUUCAGACCUGUGCAAGGUCCAAUAUUCUAGCAUUGGAACCGUAUCGCUGUGCGCGAGAUGACUAUAAGGACGAUGGCACAAACAUUCUUCUUGAUGCUAACGAGAAUGCUAUUGGACCAUCCUUGACAGCAGAUGCUGUAUCAGCUGUGUCUAAGGGCUCUGGGGUCGAGAUAGACUUCCUAGGACUACACAGAUAUCCAGACCCGCACCAAAGGGAUCUAAAACAGCUGCUCUGCAAUCUGAGGAACACUCACCACCACACAGAUAAAAAUAUAACACCGGACAAUCUGUUUGUCGGUGUUGGUAGUGAUGAGGCUAUCGAUGCAUUGCUGAGAUGUUUCUGCGUUCCCGGUCAAGACCGCAUCUUAGUAUGCCCCCCAACGUACGGAAUGUACUCUGUGUCAGCACAGGUCAACGAUGUUGGACUAGUUAAAGUUCCUCUUUUGCCGGCGCCGACGUUUGGAGUUGACGUAGCUAAAGUGCUAGAGGCGCUCUCGACGGAGCAGAAUAUCAAGCUUAUCUACUUAUGCUCACCGGGAAACCCGACCGGAUCGCUACUAGACAAGGAAGAUAUAAAACAGAUUUUGGAGCACCCAACGUGGAACGGCAUAGUAGUCGUUGAUGAGGCAUACGUCGACUUUGCGCCUGAAGGUUCUUCGUUGGCGGAAUGGGUUGCUGAAUGGCCUAACCUAGUCGUCAUGCAGACGCUCUCAAAGGCGUUCGGCAUGGCGGGCAUCCGACUCGGAGCGGCGUUCGCAGCGCCGCCGGUCGCGCAACUCCUCAACAAUAUUAAAGCGCCAUACAAUGUCUCCAGUCCGACUAGCGCGUUGGCAUCAUACGUCGCUUCGGACGAAGGCCUAGCGACGAUGCGCGCAAACAGGGAGAAGAUUGUGCAACAAAGGGAGAGGUUACUCAAAGAGCUGCCUAAAGUUAAGGGUAUAGGACGACUACGCGGCGGAACGAGCAGUAACUUCCUGCUUUUCGAGAUGCUGAACGCGGAGGGUAAACCGGAUAAUGUGACCGCGCUGGCGGUGUACGAGACGCUAGCAGAGAAUAAGGGCGUCGUGGUGCGGUUCAGGGGUAAGGAGCACGGGUGUCUGGGAUGCUUACGGGUCACGGUCGGGACGGAAGACGAGGUCACUAGAUUCCUAAAAGCUAUAGAACAGGCGCUUGCCGAGAUCAACGGACACAAGACGGAGGUACCGGCAGAUGAGGCGAAAAGAGAGGCUGAGGCGAAUGGUGUUGUGGGAUAG